UGCCACUGCGCAUGUUACAGAUCGAACCUACGUCCGGCACUAAAAGUGGUUUCAACCAUGCCUAGAGACGUUGCCUCUUAUUUAGCAGAACAACAGCGAAAAAGCACCGGUGAAGUUGCCGCAGACUGGGCACAGUUAGAAGAAUUCUACAACAAAAAACUAUGGCAUCAGCUCACACUGAAGUUGAGUUCUUUUGUGAAAACACCAACUUUCGCCAAAGGAGAUGCACUACUACGACUAUAUGAAAGCUUCAUUACAGACUUUGAACACAGAAUCAAUCCACUUGCUCUUACAGAGAUUUGUGUUCUGGUGGUAAAACAGAUUCCAGAUCCUAAGCAGGCCGUGGAAUUUAUUGAGAAAGUCAAAGAAAAGGUCAAAUCAAGUGACGAAGCAAAAGUGUUGUGUAUGACAACCAUAGGAAAUAUUCGCCUAAGGAACAAAGAUUUUGAUGGCACAAAGGCUGUGAUAGAGGAAUGCCAGGCCAUUCUGGAUGGAAUAGAUGGAGUUACUUCAGUCCACAGCCGGUUUUAUGAACUGACUUCUAACUACCAUAAGCUUCUUGGCAACCAUGCAGAGUAUUAUAAAGAGGCUCUGCGAUUUUUGGGAUGUGUUAGUUUGAAGGACAUUCCAUCUGGAGAGCAGGCAGAGAGAGCUUUUAAUCUUGGACUUGCAGCAGUUUUGGGAGAUGGUGUCUACAAUUUUGGAGAACUUCUUGCACAUGAUGUACUCUUGUCACUGAAAAACUCGGACAAAGAAUGGCUGGUGGACCUACUGUAUGCCUUCAAUAGUGGCAAUAUUUCUAAGUUUGAUGAUCUGAAGAAGUACUGGGCAAGUCAGGCUGAUCUUGCUGCAGCUGAGCAACAGAUGAGACAGAAGAUUUCUUUGUUGUGCCUCAUGGAGAUGACUUUUCAGCGACCUGCUACAGACAGGCAGCUGAGCUUUGAGACCAUCUCAUCAACAGCAAGGAUUCCUGUCAGUGAUGUCGAGAUGCUUGUUAUGAAAGCUUUGAGCUUAGGUUUGGUCAAAGGUCACAUUGAUGAAGUGGAACAACGUGUACACAUGACCUGGGUGCAGCCACGUGUUCUUGACCUUGGACAGAUUGCAGUCAUUCAAAAACGAUUACAACAGUGGUGUGAGGAUGUGAAACAAAUGGAGAGACUGUUAGAAGUACGAGCACAUGACAUUUUAACAUAGUUUAGGCUACUUUGCUGUGGCUGAAUAGGGAAACCCAGUCAGGUUUUGAAACGUUUUAAAUUUGUAUUGAAGAGAAUGAAUGUCUCAAGUUUGCAUUUGUAUUUUAGGAGAUAAGUUGAAGAUUCCACAGGCUCAGUUUAUAGAAUAGAAAAAAGAAUGUGAAGACUAGCCUAACUUUAAUUUCUUUUUGAGUUUCUUGAAUGAGAAUGCUGCUUUAAGAUAUAAAAGCAUCUUGUUCUUUGUUAGAGAUCUGGAAUAAAUGGUAUGAAGGUACAUCUUACUGUAUUAGACUGGAAAGAUUUGUCAUAAAUGCUGAGAAUUAUUAUUAUUUAGUAAUCUUGUUAAAAACUCUCAUGUACAGUUAGCAAUGUAGUAGAUGUUUUUCUUUUAACAGUUGCAUGCUUGUUUCUUUAUUGUAACUCAACCUAUUGUCCAUUCACCAAAUGAAUAUUUAAUGUUUACCAAACAUCUUUGAAUAAAGAGUAUAUAAAAUAU